AGUCUUGGCAGCAGCGGCCGCAGCAGCAACAGCAGCAGCAGCGGCGGCAGGCGGCAGCCGGGCAGCCAGGCAGCGGGGGUUGAGGCACACGGGGAAGGUGCAGGGGCCUGAGGUGCAGCUCGAAUGGGACAGGGCCCCCAGCGCUGGACAGAUGCAGUGCCAAACUUGAUGCCACCUUCCAGCUUCUCCGGACUGAAGAGGGAAUGGAUGCGGCCACAGCUCCAAAGCAAGCCUGGCCCCCAUGGCCCCCACUCCUUUUCCUCCUCCUCCUACCUGGAGGGAGUGGUGGCAGCUGCCCUGCUGUGUGUGACUGCACCUCCCAGCCCCAGGCUGUGCUCUGUGGCCACAGGCAACUGGAGGCUGUACCUGGAGGACUCCCAGUGGACACUGAGCUCCUGGACCUGAGCGGGAAUCGCCUGUGGGGACUCCAGCGGGGAAUGCUCUCCCGCCUGAGCCUGCUCCAGGAAUUGGACCUCAGCUACAACCAGCUCUCCACCCUUGAGCCCGGGGCCUUCCACGGCCUACAAAGCCUACUCACCCUGAGGCUGCAGGGCAAUCGGCUCAGAAUCAUGGGGCCUGGGGUCUUCUCAGGCCUCUCUGCCCUGACCCUGCUGGACCUCCGCCUCAACCAAAUUGUCCUCUUCCUAGAUGGAGCUUUUGGGGAGCUAGGCAGCCUCCAGAAGCUGGAGGUUGGGGAUAACCACCUGGUAUUUGUGGCUCCGGGGGCCUUUGCAGGGCUGGCCAAGCUGAGCACCCUCACCCUGGAGCGCUGCAACCUCAGCACAGUGCCUGGCCUAGCCCUCGCCCGUCUCCCAGCACUAGUGGCCCUAAGGCUUCGAGAACUGGAUAUUGGGAGGCUGCCGGCUGGGGCCCUGCGGGGGCUGGGGCAGCUCAAGGAGCUGGAGAUCCACCACUGGCCAUCUCUGGAGGCUCUGGACCCUGGGAGCCUCAUUGGGCUUAAUCUCAGUAGCCUGGCCAUCACCCGCUGCAACCUGAGCUCUGUGCCCUUCCAAGCACUACACCACCUGAGCUUUCUCAGGGUCCUGGAUCUGUCUCAGAAUCCCAUCUCAGCCAUCCCAGCCCGAAGGCUCAGCCCCCUGGUGCGGCUCCAGGAGCUACGCCUGUCGGGGGCAUGCCUCACUUCCAUUGCUGCCCAUGCCUUCCAUGGCUUGACUGCCUUCCACCUCCUGGAUGUGGCAGAUAACGCCCUUCAGACACUAGAGGAAACAGCCUUCCCUUCCCCAGACAAACUGGUCACCCUGAGGCUAUCUGGCAACCCCCUAACCUGUGACUGCCGCCUCCUCUGGCUGCUCCGGCUCCGCCGCCGACUGGACUUUGGCACGUCCCCCCCUGCCUGUGCUGGCCCCCAGCAUGUCCAGGGGAAGAGCCUGAGGGAGUUUUCAGACAUACUGCCUCCGGGGCACUUCACCUGCAAACCAGCCCUGAUCCGAAAGUCGGGGCCUCGAUGGGUCAUUGCAGAGGAGGGCGGGCAUGCAGUUUUCUCCUGCUCUGGAGAUGGAGACCCAGCCCCCACCAUCUCCUGGAUGAGGCCUCAUGGGGCUUGGCUGGGCAGGGCUGGGAGAGUAAGGGUCCUAGAGGAUGGGACACUGGAGAUCCGCUCAGUGCAGCUACGGGACAGAGGGGCCUAUGUCUGUGUGGUCAGCAAUGUUGCUGGGAAUGACUCCCUGAGGACCUGGCUGGAAGUCAUCCAGGUGGAACCACCAAACGGCACACUUUCUGACCCCAACAUCACCGUGCCAGGGAUCCCAGGGCCUUUUUUUCUGGAUAGCAGAGGUGUGGCCAUGGUGCUGGCAGUCGGCUUCCUCCCCUUCCUCACCUCAGUAACCCUCUGCUUUGGCCUGAUUGCCCUUUGGAGCAAGGGCAAAGGUCGGGUCAAACAUCACAUGACCUUUGACUUUGUGGCACCUCGGCCCUCUGGGGAUAGAAACUCUGGGGGUAACCGGGUCACUGCCAAGCUCUUCUGACCUUUCCUUCCCCAGCGGGGAACCCACCAAGUCUGCUUCAGAUACCAAAGGGGAAGACAGAACCAAGGCUGCUUGAACCAGAACCUGGUCCUGAGCAGCACCGCUCUCCCACACCGCCAGCCUGCGUUGUGCCAGCAACUAGUGAUGCCUCCUGCCAGAGAGUCUGCUUCCUGAGCUUUUCCAGUCUGACAAUAGCAUUGUCAUUUCUUCUCUGAGGGUCCCAGGGAGCUGCAGAUACAGACCCCGUCGUUAGUCCAGCCCUCCCUUCGUCCCCUCCACACACCGAACAGGAAACAUAAAGCUCUAGUCAGCUAGUUUAACCACUAGGCUUUCUUCACACACGCCUAUAUCCUUUAAUAACCAAUUGCCAACCACAACUAUGAGAUUAUUUCAGAGGUGGGGCUGGGAAGUGCCACUUGCUCCUUGGAGUCUCUGUUUGUCAACCUGGCAGAGUCCCUUUCUUUUCUGCUCCCCACCCCAACCCUAUCCCUAGGUACAGGAUUAAGAGCAAAGGACCCUCAAGCCACAGAGAAGAGGAUGGGGACAGAGUGUGGGAUGGGGAGGACAGACCACACACUGCACUGUGUUUGCAUGAGCCUCUACCACCUUCUUCUGCCUGCCAGAUCAUUAAACCUGCUGUCAAAGGGCCACAACAGUAGCAGCCAGAGCUAAA